GUGCGCGUCGGAAGCCGGCCGGUGCGGACGCGGAAGGGUGAGCGGCGCGGCCUGGGCAGGCGAGGCCGGGGAUCGAGCGAGGAGCCCAGGGCCGGACGCUGCCUCCCCGCCGGCCGAGGAGCGAUGGAGCGCAGGCGGCUGGAGACGGCGGGUUCGAGCUCAGGCUCAGGCUCCAGUUCGGGGUCGGGUUCGGCGGUCGCGGGCCUCCCUCCACGGGAAGACUCCGAGAUGGCGCUGGCCGGCAUCAACAUGCUGCUCAACAACGGCUUCAGGGAGUCGGACCAGCUCUUCAAAAAAUACCGGAACAACAGCCCUCUAAUGAGCUUUGGAGCGAGUUUUGUUAGUUUUUUGAACGCCAUGAUGACCUUUGAAGAUGAAAAAAUGCAGCUGGCUUGUGAUGAUUUAAAAAGCACAGAAAAACUGUGUGAAAGUAAUGAAGCAGGCGUCAUUGAAACAAUCAGGAAUAAAAUUAAAAAAAACGUUGAUAUGCAGAGGCCAACAGCUUUAGACGUUAAUAGACUCCAAAGGCAAAUCAUCAUUGCUGACUGCCAGGUCUACCUUGCUGUACUGUCUUUUGUGAAGCAGGAACUCUCAGCAUAUAUUAAAGGUGGAUGGAUCCUCCGAAAAGCAUGGAAAAUUUAUAAUAAAUGUUACAGUGAAAUUGAUGCUCUACAGCUAAUGCAUAAGAAAAGAUCUCAAGAAUCGCUGACAUCAGAUCGGGCAAAUGAUAAUCAUAUUCCUGCUAUGUCUUUGCACCAAGAGUCUCUGAGCAGACUGAAAGGUGCUGUCAGCUUUGGCUAUGGGCUCUUUCAUCUCUGCAUUUCAAUGGUGCCUCCUAACCUGCUGAAAAUCAUCAACUUGCUGGGGUUUCCUGGAGACCGUCUACAGGGAUUGUCUUCGCUAAUGUAUGCCAGUGAAAGUAAGGACAUGAAGGCCCCGUUAGCUACGUUAGCCUUGCUGUGGUACCAUACAGUAGUGCGUCCUUUCUUUGCUUUGGACGGCAUGGAUGCCCAAGCUGGUUUGAGGGAAGCAAAGGAAAUCCUGCGGACAAAGGAAUCUAUUUAUCCAGACUCUUCAUUGUUUCUGUUUUUCAAGGGACGAAUUCAACGAUUGGAGUGUAAAAUUAACAGUGCCUUGACGUCAUUUCAAACUGCAUUAGAGCUUGCGGUGGAUCAGCGGGAGAUCCAGCACGUGUGUCUGUAUGAGAUAGGUUGGUGUACCAUGAUAGAAAUGAAUUUCAAGGAUGCCUACAAAUCUUUUGCACGACUUAAGAAUGAGUCCAGGUGGUCCCAGUGCUAUUACGCUUAUUUGACUGCAGUCUGCCAGGGAGCAACAAGUGAGAUUGACAAGUCACAAGAAGCGUUCAUAGAAGUCCAGCAGCUAUUCAGAAGGAAGAAUAAUCAAAUAGAGCAGUUUUCCUUCCGAAGGGCUGAAAGAUUUCAGAAGGAGAAGCCUACAAAAGAUUUGUGUGUGCUUGCUGUCAUUGAAGUGCUGUAUUUGUGGAAAGCUCUCGCUAACUGUUCCCCUUCAAACCUUCAGCGAAUGAAUCAAGCCUGCCAGGAAAUGUCUGAGCCAUUAACUAUUGGGUUAAAACACCUACUCCUUGGUGCAAUACACAAGUGUCUAGGAAACACCGACGGUGCUGUUGAGUUCUUCCAGUUAGCUAUAAAAGAUGAACUAAGUCGUCAGACCAAUUCUUACAUACAGCCCUAUGCCUGUUAUGAACUGGGAUGCUUAUUACUGGAGAAUCCAGAGAUGCUGGAUAAAGGCAAAGCUUUGCUCUACCAAGCCAAGGAGGAGUUUGCUGGGUAUGACUUUGAAAACCGGCUUCACGUGCGCAUCCAUACCGCUUUAGCGUCUCUGAAAGAAGUUGUUCCACAGUGACAUUUGCCAAACCGGAGUCCUCUUCAGUGCACAUACGGUUGAACUUAAAUCGAUUUCUGCACUUUACGCUGUAAAUGCACAGCAAAGUGGUCAGCCUGAACUCAAGAAAGGCUCCAUUAGACCUAAGCAUGUAGAAUAGUUUUGAAUGUGUAAGGAUGGUUUCGCCGGCGAGUGUGAGAUGCAGGAGAUCUGAUGCUUUACUAUCGAUAGUUAAACAGGGGGUGGCUUAGACGGUUCCAAGGAGUAUCAAGUGGCCUUGCUCAUUUUAACCCCACUUUGAUUAACUCUGUAGCCCAGUUUAGAUCUUAGCUGUAUAGUUGAACGAUGCACAGAGCCCAUUCCUGUCAUUGGCACUGAUUCUAAUGGGUUUGGUUAACGUUAGUAGGUCAGGACUGAGGGAGGAUUCAUGGCUUUUGCCUAUUUCAGGCAGAAUAAACAGCCAUAUAGUUACAAAAUAAAAUAAAUAGCCAUACUAUUUGUUGCUCUAAUCUUAUUUAUAUUUUGCCGAGAUUUUAUGCCAUCGUUAUUUUAAAAUGUGUAAAAUAUUGGUAGCACUUUUUAAUCCCUUUUGUAUCAGACCCAGAGAACAAGGGACUCUAGUUCAUUUCUGCUCAGGGUCAUUUGUUAAUUAUGAGUGUAGGAUGCAGUCUUUUUUGAAAUGCCUCUGAACCUCAGAAAUAACUACACCAAGAUGUUAUUUGAUCUUUCUGUGUUGGCAUUCUUUUAAAAGUAUCCAGAUACCUCAGUUGAGGAUCGGAUGCAAAUUGUGAAAUUCAUACAUUUUUAAAAGUAUAACUCUGGAAAACAGGGUACUGAACAAAUGAAACUGCCUUGUAGCAUCUCAGUGUCAAAUUACCUAAUUUUCCUGCGUUUUGUCAUAUUAUGAUGUUGGGUUUGUAUCUAUUGUUACAAACAUCUUACAGGGAUAAACACAAUUUCAUUCUGUGUUAGCUAAUGCUAUUGCCAAGUUAUUUAAACUCCAUUAUCUGCAAGAUGUGAACCAUUGGAUAGGAACAUGUAACAUUAUCACUUGGAUGUAGACACCACUUGGAAACACCACCAUGAUUUCUUUCAAAUAUAUUUUUUUAUAAAUUAUUGAACUAAGAGGCACGGUUUAAAGGCAGUGAGACCUGCGUACUCCGUCCCUGAAAGGUGCACAUUUGCGUUUCUGUAUAUAUUGCAACGUGUGUAGAUUGUCCAGCUGCCAUGACUAUUUCGAGCGCCAAGCUUCUCUCUUAAUUCCUCACGGCAGCAUCAUUCUACAGGCACUGGUACCUUGCCCACAUUUCCAAUUGGCUUGGUGCAGACCCUGGAAUAGUUCUGUCAAACCAAAACUCCAAGGACUAUUUGAUGCUGAGCCAAAUCCAAAGUGCUGGAGGAACUCAGCGGGUCAGGCAGUAUCUGUGGAGGAAAAUUAACAGGCGGUGUUGCUUCAGACUGAAGACGGUUCC